UCUGUGUUUUCUGUGUCUCUCUGUCUGAUGUGUCUAAUCGAAAGGCGGAGGAGGACUAUUUUCAUCUUCGUUAUCAGAAAAACAAAAUCAUUUGCGUGAAUUUACGCUAUCAUUAGUGUAAAUAAGUCAAUUCCGGCUACCAGGAAAAUCGGGGCUCAUUCCGGAACGCCAAAUCAUCCAAGAUUUUAAUUGACUGUCCAAUCCGUCACCAUCACCGUAACCGGACGCAAAAUGUUGGUGCUGGUGCUAGGCGAUCUUCACAUUCCCCAGCGCACCAGCAGUCUGCCGGCCAAAUUCAAAAAGCUGCUCGUUCCCGGCCGAAUCCACCACAUCCUGUGCACGGGCAAUCUUUGCAGCAAAGAGUCGUACGAUUAUCUCAAGACGCUGGCCAACGACGUCCACAUCGUGCGGGGUGACUUUGACGAGAACAUGAACUACCCGGACCAGAAGAUCGUCACCGUGGGCCAGUUUCGGGUGGGGUUGACGCAUGGCCACCAGGUCGUUCCCUGGGGGGAUCCGGAAGCUCUUGCGCUGAUUCAGCGCCAGCUGGACGUGGACAUUCUGAUUUCGGGCCACACCCACAAGUUCGAGGCGUACGAGCACGAGAACAAGUUCUACAUCAACCCGGGCUCGGCGACCGGGUCGUACUCGGCGCUGGAUUCGGCCGUCAUUCCGUCGUUUGUGCUGAUGGACAUCCAGAGCACGACCGUGGUCACGUACGUCUACCAGCUGGUCGGGGAUGACGUCAAGGUGGAGCGAAUUGAGUAUAAGAAGAACUGAGGACUCGAACGAAUAUGUAUAUAAUAUUAUUGAAACUAUGUUAAAUUGUGUAUUGGACUAACAUGCGAGCAAAUAAAAUGCAUUAUAUCUCUUCAA